CGAUAGCAAUUGCAUUAUAAUUGAUGGUUGUCUCCGCAACCCAGAAAUCUUUGGGAGGUCGAAGAGGCAGAGGCGGAGGCGGAGGAGGAGGAGUAGAUGGGCGCCUGCCUCUCGAGCGCCACCCAAGUUAGCAGCCGGAAUAAGGCCACGGCUGUCGCAGCCGCCGCCGCCGCCGCCGAGGGGAAACAUGGCCAGCCUGGGGCGAAGAACGAGCAGCAGAAGCAGAAGCCGAGGGCCCGAAACUGCGGGAAACUGAAAGCGGUAGCCCGCCUGUCGUGCGGGAGAAGGACGAACUUUGGCUACGAAAGGGAUUUCGAGCGCAGGUAUUCGAUCGGGAAGCUUCUCGGCCAUGGGCAAUUUGGGUACACCUUCGUGGCCACCGAUAAGGCCAACGGGGAUCGGGUGGCGGUGAAGAGGAUCGACAAGAACAAGAUGAUCCUUCCCGUUGCUGUAGAGGAUGUUAAGCGUGAAGUCAAGAUACUGAAAGCCCUAAAAGGACAUGAAAAUGUUGUCCACUUCUACAAUGCCUUUGAAGAUGACUCUUAUGUCUAUAUAGUCAUGGAAUUAUGCGAGGGUGGUGAACUUCUUGAUCGGAUAUUGGCCAAAAAAGAGAGCCGUUACACAGAGAAAGAUGCUGCAGUGGUAGUACGACAGAUGCUUAAAGUUGCAGCUGAGUGCCAUUUGCAUGGUCUGGUUCAUCGAGACAUGAAACCAGAGAACUUCCUUUUUAAAUCUACAAAAGAGGAUUGUCCUCUGAAGGCAACAGAUUUUGGCCUGUCAGACUUUAUAAGGCCAGGAAAGAAAUUUCAUGAUAUUGUUGGCAGUGCAUAUUAUGUUGCUCCCGAGGUACUGAAACGGAGGUCUGGGCCUGAGUCAGAUGUUUGGAGCAUAGGUGUCAUAACCUACAUUUUGCUUUGUGGACGGCGUCCCUUUUGGGAUAAAACUGAAGAUGGAAUAUAUAAGGAGGUGUUAAGAACCGAGCCUGAUUUUCGACGAAAGCCAUGGCCAAACAUAAGUGAGAGUGCCAAAGAUUUUGUUAAGAAGUUAUUGGUUAAGGAUCCACGUGCAAGACUAACUGCUGCUCAGGCUUUGUCACAUCCAUGGGCAAGAGAAGGGGGAGAUGCAUUAGAAAUUCCACUGGAUAUAUCUGUGUUGUCUAACAUGCGCCAGUUUGUAAAGUACAGUCGGUUUAAGCAGUUUGCGCUCAGGGCACUAGCAAGUACUCUUAAUGAGGAGGAGCUGGCUGAUCUCAAAGAUCAGUUUCACGCAAUUGAUGUUGAUAAAAGUGGUGCAAUCAGUCUUGAAGAAAUGAGACAUGCUCUUGCUAAAGAUCUUCCUUGGAAAUUGAAGGAGCCUUGCGUUUCAGAGAUUGUUCAAGCGAUGGACAGCAACACAGAUGGAUUUAUCGACUUUGAGGAAUUUGUGGCAGCUACUUUACAUGUGCAUCAAUUGGUUGAGCAUGACAAUGGAAAGUGGCGCUCACUUACAAAGGCUGCUUUCGAUAAGUUCGACGUGGACAAGAAUGGAUAUAUCACACCUGACGAACUUCGAAUGCACACAGGUCUAAAGGGCUCCAUCGAUCCACUAUUAGAGGAGGUUGACAUCGACAAGGAUGGGAAAAUAAGCUUGGACGAAUUCCGCAGACUUCUAAAAACCGCAAGCAUGAAACCCCGCAGCGUGCCUCGUCAAUCUACUACUCGUGAUCGUCGGAAGUUAUGCUCAUGAAGAACGGAGAAACUUUUGUCAACGGGGAUGGAGAGGUAUAAGCAAGUCUUCUGGUGCUUUACAUGACUUGUCAGAUGCACCUUCUUUCAUGUGUCUCUCAGGCAACCAAGAAACCUUUCAUGGAUCAGAGUUUUGUCAUUUGGAAGAGAGCAACCAAACUUUUGUUGAGGACUCAAAAGACUCCAGUUUCAGAUCAAGUUUCCAACACUACUAAUUGCAACUUGAAUGCUGCUGGUGUGGGUGGUGGUGGCUCACUUGUUCUCUUGUCAAGUUUGACCAAAAAUGUCAUGUAUCAUCAUGUGUCACAUUAAUGCAAAUAUGUAACCACAACAGUACCUGUUUCUUCACUAAACAAGUAUUUGUACUUUUUUUUCUUCUGUUCCAAGCAUUAAUUAUUUCUCAA